GGGGGGUCAGAUUCAAACCCAAAACAAAUCGGCGGUGUUUCAAUUUGCGUACAAAUUGAAAUGAGAAAAUCGAUUCGUGCAUUAUGGACCAUCUAAUUUCUUUGCUUUCUGCAGUUCAGUUGGUGCUGUCACGCCUGUAACUAUCUCUGUAAAUAAAAUGUGGUGGGUGUUUUGUUUUUUUAUUUUUCUGCUUUAAUUGAAAAGACAAACAUUGAAUCUGCCAAUUUACAAAGUGUGUUCUGGCCCACAAACAUUUAUGCCACCCUAAAUCCAUUAGGGUUUAAGGGUCCACAAGACACUCUGUUGUUUUUAUCUACAGGAAAUAUCUCCUGACAAUCAAACACCCUGUUACUUACUGAUCCUGGGAGUCUUGCUCUCUCCUUUCCUCCAGUCACCUUGCCGUGGAAGAAGCAGGAUAAAUUAUACCUUCAGCUGAGGGCGGUAUUUCUCUGCUAAUCCAUGGAGAGACUGCUCCCUUUGUAUUUUAUAGAGAGCAGAGUGUGCCACCCUUAUUGAGAAAUGAUAUAUUGUGACAGAUUAGCUGUAGGUUCAGCAAUGUUUAAGUAGGUUUAUGCAGUGCAGAGGAGUCACACCCAAAGCAGUAUGCAUCUUUUCAAACAUAGGAAUUAGUGCUUUCUUUCUUUCUUUCUUUCUUUCUUUCUUUCUUUCUUUCUUUCUUUCUUUCUUUCUUUCUUUAACAUAUUUCCAUACUGCCCCAAAUGUGGGUCCCUGGGUGGUUUACAAAUAACAGGGCAAUGGAAUUUGCCAUCUCAAAAAAUAUAGUUAAUCACAUCAGACAAUGAGUUAGUCUAUAAUUCCUCCUGUAAUUUCAUCCUGAUUUUCCAAGCAGCAAAGACAUACACAUUUUAAUAUUACAGACAUUGUCAUUUAUCAGAAGUGACAGCAUCAGAAAUUAAAAAUAUCAGAAGGGUGAUCUCAUUGAUAUGACAAAUAUCUCAGAAAUCUUUCUGUGGAAUCUUCAUAAGCAUGACAGUAGAUAACAUGAUGGACAAUAUCUUCUGUUUCUCUUGCAUCACAAAAAUCGGGAUUUGGCAAUAGUUACCCUCCAACCAUACAGAAAGCAUAGACUGACAUCUUAAUUCUGUGAAUGCUUGUUGAAGAGGAGCAUAGUUAAAUUCUGGAGGUACACAGUCUGACUGGGCACACCCUUAAAUAAGUUAAACUGGAAUUAGCUUUUAGCUUGCUUGCUUUUGGAUCAAAUGGCUCAGCAGAGAAAUGACUUGACUAGCAAGCCAGAGGUUGCCGGUUCAAAUCCCCACUGGUAUGAGUCUCAGACAGUGGGUAACACCUAUAUCAGGCAGCAGCGAUAUAGGAAGAUGCUGAAAGGCAUCAUCUCAUACUGCGCAGGAGGAGGCAAUGGUAACCCCUCCUUUAUUUUACCAAAGACAACCACAUGGCUCUGUGAUUGCUAGGAGUUGACACUGACUCGACAGCACACUUUACUUACCUCCAUACAGUGCUUGCUUAGUCUAUGGACCUCACUGCCACUGGUUUAGAUGGCCUCUGAUUGGGACUGAACAAAUUUACAGUGGAUGUAAAUUUGUUCUCUCUCUCCCCAUGAUUCCAAAGAUCCAGUAACUGGCCAAAGGUACCUAGAACUCAGUACUGUGUGGGGCUGCUGGUGGUUCCUGUGCCUAGUGUUGUCCAGGAAUCUUCCAGCUAAGCACCUGCCUCUCAUGCCAAGUAGAGGGUGGAGUAUGAACUUCUGAAGCAUGAAGUCAUUGUGCAAAGCCACAAUUUAAUUCUGACUCUGUGUUGUCUCUGGUUUAGCCUCCCUCUGCCUCCCCCGCUUUAAACAACAGAGAUAACAACAGAAAUAUUUCCUGAAAAUGAAGGUGAGAUGCUAGCAAAAGAAAGCUGGAGAGGGCAGAAAGUCACCGUUUUCAAGGCUUACAUUUGAAAUAAAUCCUUCCUGGAUGAGUGCAAGACAGAAGGCUACAGACAUCAAAGGAAUGUAGCAGUUAUUAAGAAAGCUGGAUCUGACCCAGAGUCACAGUUCUCACCACAUAAUCUUCCCAAAAGUGCUGAGUUUCUCUGACUCAUUAUAGCAACCUGCAACUGUAUGUGAGAAACAACAACAACAACAACAAAAAGCAAGGUGCUGCAGAUGGGACCAUUGCAACAUAGUGAUUGAUUGAUUGAUUAAGUGCCAUCAAGUCAGAGACCACAUAGAUAGAUCCCCUCCAGGAUAAUCUGUCUUCAACUUGGCCUUUAAGGUCUCUCAGUAGUCCAUUCAUUGCAGUCAUAAUCGAAUCCAUCCACCUUGUUGGUGAUCGUCCUCUUCUCUUUCCUUCAACUGUUCCCAACAUUAUGGACUUCUCAGGAAAAAGGUGAAGAAGUACCAUCAAUUGUCAGGAAAAUUUCACAUGAUUUAUUUACUUCAUUAGUAUUCAUAAAAUGAUAGCUACAACGACAUUGGAAGCUUCAGGGCAAGAAAGUGUGACCUGGUUCACUCACAUGCUGAAAAACUAUAUUGGUUUUGGUUUUCUGGAAGGCUAUGUGAGCUACAUGGCUUAUCCUUUGUGGUUAUUAGUGCCUUUCAUACUGUGCAAUGCAGUAUAUUUAGGUGUAUUUUGCUCUUUAUAUAUUUGCUCAUUUCUUUUCUAUAUUUACAAGAAAAAGAAUAACAUACAAGAAGACACCACUAGCAAAUUAUGGGACAAUGCAAAGCAAAUUAUUGCAAACUUUAUGGACACAGUUGGCAAGAUAUGGCAUGGUUAUGAGGUUAUUGGGAUGGAACAUCUACCAGAAGGACCAGGACUUAUUGUUUAUUACCAUGGAGCUUUGGUUUUAGACUACAGCUUGUUGGUGGCUAGAGUCUAUAUGCAGAAAGGGAGACACAUUCAAUCUUUAGUUGACAAUGGCUUGUAUAUAUUUCCAGGAACAAAACUUGCUCUUGAUUUGACUGGUUGCACAAAUGGCAACAAAUCUAAAUGUGUGGAAAUUCUGAAGAAAGGCAAUUUAUUGGGAAUUUCCCCUGGUGGACUUAGAGAAGGAAACUUUAGUGACCACCAGAACUACAACCUGAUAUGGGGUAACCGUACUGGUUUUGCUCAAGUGGCCUUAGAGGCCAAAGUGCCCAUCAUCCCUAUGUUUUCACAAAAUAUUCGCGAAGCAUUGAGAACAGUUGGAAAGACUUGGUGGUUGAGAUGGCUCUAUGACAACUAUAUGCGAAUCCUAGUCCUUCCCAUUUAUGGAGGGUUUCCUGUUAAAUUACGCACAUAUCUUGGAGAGCCCAUCCCGUAUGAUCCAAACAUAACUGCUACGGAGCUGGCUGGAAAAACAAAGAUUGCAAUUGAAAAUCUUCGAGACAGAUACCAAAAGAAGCCAGGAAAUAUAUUAAGAGCUCUAUCAGAACGAUUUGAUAAACAUCACAAGGACAACUAGCCUUUAUUUAUCUUAUGAACCAAUAUUUCAUGUCAUAUUUUGUAGAUAGAAUAUAUUUGCAGUCAGAAGUUUUUGUCUCUCUGUAAUUUACAUGAACAACCAUUAAAGAUGUAUACUUUCCUUUUUAAAUUUUUUAAAAUAAAAUAUGAAAUUCUAUACCAUA